UAAGAACACUUCGGCUUCUAACUAUCCUCUGAAAAUUACCUUUACAAAGUCCUUCAUUAAAAUGCUUUCUCACAAAAGCUUCUGCUGGAUUAUCAUGAUAAUUUCCCUCGUAGUUUUGGUUCCGACUAUAUGUCGAAGGGCUCGUUUAAUUCUGGGGGAAGAUUUCCAUUCACCGAAAAUACUUUCAGAGGACAGCGUUUACGCGUCUCGAGCCGUUGAUUCUUUCAUUAGCUUUCUUUGCAGGUGUAUCAUUGUGUUGACGGUGCUAGACCUGUGGACCUGCGGCAGAACUCCUUCAAAUAUACAUGAAGAUGGAAUAAGUUGCUGCCAUGCAAGUAAUAAAGAGGAUGAUACGGAGGAAUUUCCAUGCCGCCGCAAACUGCCGGAGGGGAAGAUAGAAACUGCUCGCCGGAGUGCUUCACGUUCACCGGACAGAACUGGACGGCCAGGAGCCAAGGAUGAAGUCAAUUUAACAACAGUAAAUUGCUCUAAAUAGAACUUAAAAAUAUUAUUCUUUAUUCAUCCAUGUAAUGUAGGAGCACAAUUUUUCUCUGUAGUUGUUAGUCCCUAUACAGUCCCAGGUUCCAUGACAAAGCAACCCAAAAUUUUAUAUAUUCGUUUUUAUAUAUAAAUGAUCGCUAAAUACAGCCAUCA